ACCAGCGUCUGCAAAAUAGCAACCAUCUUUUCGCUUAUUCCUCUAUCGGGUUGUCAUUCUACAGGCACCGCCGCCGACUUGCAGGUUCUCCUUGUUUAGUUCCUAAAGUGUCUGCUACGAGUCUCCAUUGCUUUCGAUCAGACGGAGCAAGUAUUAUGUUUCUAACCUUAAAGCCGAUCACAGACACUUUCCUUGAGGACAGAGUGCCAAAAAGUCAGAGCGAAGUCUAUUGGCUAAUGGCACAUUAAACAAGAUAAAAAAAACAGACACUUUCCAUAAGACGUAACAGUAAGGUUUCCACCAAUCGCGUUGCUCGAUUCGGUUACGGACGGCCUCCAGUAUUAUUAUAUCUCAGUGUUUGAAGCGUUACAGUUAAAACGCGAGCGUGACCGCUCUCAGGCCAGACCGAAUCCAUUUUUGAAAUGGCAAAAUUUGUGGACGCCAAACUACCUGGAUUCAAGAUUGAUGAUUUGAUCAAUAAGGAUGGAAUUACUUUUGAUAUCGGAGAACAGUAUUGCGAAGAGAACGAUGAGGAGUUUGCAUACACUCCACUGAUGCAAUACAGUAACGAAGAGAUGUUAGAUAUGCUAAAUAUGAAUGAUUUUGAUGACCCUGAAGAACUUAAUGAUGAUAACGAGAAAGGUUUAUCCCUCUACAGUAUCAGCUUUGCGAAGCUAAAGACAAAGAUGACUAAUUUGACUCCAGAUGGAAAGGUUAUGAAAUACAUUAAGCAAAAGGGUACCGGAAAAGGUGUACCUGACAAUGCCCAAGUCACUGUCCAUUACAUUGGGUAUUUCGAAUACAGAGAUGAACCUUUCGAUUCGAGUUACUCCAGUGGGAAGCCGAGGGUGUUGCGUUUGAACGAGGCGAAUAUCAUACCUGGGUUACACAUGAGUAUAUGCAGUAUGCAGAAGCAUGAGAUAGCGGUAUUUUUGAUACAUCCCGAUCUGGCUUACAAGACUUUUGGCUGUCCACCGCGUAUCCCACCCAACGAGGAAGUCGUGUUCAUUGUCCACUUGAUCGACUACCUCGACAAUGGUCUCGCCAAUAUGUAUGAGACUCUCAGCUUAGAGGAGAAAGCGAAGUUCGAGUGCGUGGUGGAAUCCGUGAAACACAUGCUCGUCAGCGCCAAGGAUAAUUUCGCAAAGUUUAACGUCAAAGCGGCCAUCCGAGACUAUAAAAAAGCCAUUGAUCGUUUGGAAACUGUAGAAUUGAAGAAUGAUAAAGAGGAGGUAGAGAUGAAUCAAUUUCUCUCGAGGGCCUAUACUAAUCUAGGCAUUUGCUACAACAAGUUGGACAUGCCGCGUAGCGCUUGUAUGUCCUGCAUACGAGUCCCGAUACCAACGGCUAAAACCCAUUAUAAUUAUGCGAAAGCUUUGCUGAAUCUCGCGGAAUACGAUGAAGCGAUGAAGGAACUGCAGAAAGGUCACAAGUUGGAUCCGUCUAACGAUGCUAUUAGAAAACUAAUUCAGCAAACGAAUACGAAGCAGCGGCAAUAUCUGGAGAUCGAGAAGCGCUUAUGGAAGAAUUGCUUUAAAUCCAAGGAGGAGCAGAUGAAAGUCAGUGAAUUCCGCAAGGCUGUGCGUGAUUUAUGUCAAACUAUUAUCAACAAUACUGAUAUAAUGAGACAGCCUCUGCCUGAGGGAUUCACGGAGGAGGAGCAUCAAAUUAUACGUGAAGAGGCUGCUAUAUUAGGGCUGGAUGUUCUCACGCAUUCAAGAUAUGGCAAGAAUACGGUUUAUCUGCAAAAGAGCAAAGCAUGAGAAGGAAUUUGUAAUUCCGUUGCAAUCACCUAUACGACGUGGAUAAUAUGCUAUAAUGUUGCGUGUAAUGUUCCGAUAGUUGUGCUAUUACGUUAUGAAAGUUAUUCUUAUAUCGCUGAUAUCUCUGGAGGCUCAUACACUAUAUUUCGAAAUGUUUUUUUUAAGUAUAUUAUUAAUUUUUAUUUUAAUCUCAAAAGAAAAGUGUAAGUAUAUUCUGGUAAUUAUCUAAGAGAGAGAAAACUCAUUUAGACUUGAUCUAAAUGUGUUUUCAAGAGAAGUAUGAUACUUGAUACAGAAUGUGAGUGAUAUGUGCCAUAAAAAUAACUAUAACUAGCGAAUAAAAUAGCUGUAAUAAUGACUCUUUAUAUUUUUCUAUUGUCUAAAUAAAGCGCAAAUCUUACAGAAUAA